CUGCCCGCCCUUUCCCCAACUGCCUGUUGGAAGCUGCUGUAAAAUGUUGUGAGGGGCGCUCCCGCUUUACGGCUGCCUCUCCCCAGACUGGAACCCGGGAGCGCUCACCGCCGUCAGCCCUGUCUGCUAAGAGGCGUCCCGGCGGAGACUGAGAGACCCGAGGCGCGCCGCUGCCCCUCCCCUCCGCGCCCGCUCCGGCCCUCGGCGAUGUGAGCUCGAGGAGGCUGCGGUGCCCGCCCCCCACCCCGGCCCGGCCCGGCCCGGGGUUGAGACGGGCAGCAGGUGCCUGUGAAGGCGGGCGGGUGCUGGGGGCCUGCAGAAUGGAGGAAAGCAUGGAAGAGGAGGAGGGGGGCAGCUACGAGGCGAUGAUGGACGACCAGAACCACAACAACUGGGAGGCCGCCGUGGAGGGCUUCCGGCAGCCUCCGCCACCCCCGCCUUCGAUCCCAGCCCCUGCCCGAGAGACUCCCGGGGGUCAGCUGCUGGCGAUGCCUGCGGUCUCCGUGGACAGGAAAGGCCCCAAGGAGGGGCUUCCGAUGGGGCCGCCGCCGCCGCCGCCGGAGGCCAAUGGGGUGAUCAUGAUGUUGAAGAGCGGCGACGCGGCCUCCGUGGCCAAGGCGGCCCCCGCCCCCACCCCCGGCUCCACCAUCAACAUCAACACCUCCACCUCCAAGUUCUUAAUGAAUGUUAUAACUAUUGAAGAUUAUAAGAGCACAUACUGGCCAAAAUUGGAUGGUGCCAUAGAUCAGCUUUUAACUCAGAGUCCUGGUGACUAUAUCCCUAUAUCCUAUGAACAGAUAUACAGCUGUGUGUAUAAAUGUGUGUGCCAGCAGCACUCGGAGCAGAUGUACAGUGAUCUGAUUAAAAAGAUAACUAACCACUUAGAACGCGUCUCAAAGGAGCUGCAGGCCAGCCCUCCAGACCUCUAUAUUGAAAGAUUUAAUAUAGCUCUUGGACAAUAUAUGGGAGCAUUGCAGAGCAUUGUGCCUCUUUUCAUAUAUAUGAAUAAGUUUUACAUCGAAACCAAGCUUAACAGAGACUUAAAAGAUGACCUUAUAAAGCUGUUUACCGAACAUGUUGCAGAAAAGCACAUUUACAGCCUAAUGCCUUUACUUUUAGAAGCCCAGUCAACACCAUUUCAGGUCACACCUUCAACUAUGGCAAAUAUUGUGAAAGGCCUGUAUACUCUCAGACCAGAGUGGGUUCAGAUGGCUCCGACUCUAUUUUCUAAAUUUAUUCCAAACAUUCUCCCUCGUGCGGUGGAGUCUGAACUGUCUGAAUAUGCUGCUCAAGAUCAGAAGCUUCAAAGAGAACUUAUACAGAAUGGUUUCACGAGAGGUGACCAGUCCCGGAAGAGAGCUGGGGAUGAGUUGACUUAUAACAGCUCAUCAGCCUGUGCAAGUUCCAGAGGGUACAGAUAGUGAAUGUAUUGAAUGUACUUUACUUCCUGAAAAGAGGACACUGGAGCUGCAGAGACUGUGUUCAGAGCACAGCGGGGGUCCCGCAGACACUCAGGAGCCGUGUCACCAAGCUGUUCUUGGAUGAGGAUGCUGGACUUCUUACUUUGGUUUGUAAUUUAAAAAAACAAAACAAAACUAACAGAAACAAAACAGUUGCUGCUAGACUUGGGGAUGAUUUUGAAAUGGGACAAUCUUCUAACGAGUUUAUCUACAGAUUCCGCGAGGAACACACAUCAUGAAGAGUGACCAUUGCUAAGUGAGAUCCGGCAGCCAAAAUCAGCAACUUCCUCCAAAAAAUACAAGAGCAGAAGAAUUUUUUUAAAGCACUUGUUUUGUUCAUUUGUGGACUUAGCACUUUGGUGUAUUGGUUUCACACAUCAAGAUGUCUUUUGCUUUAAAAUCAAGCAGAUCAUUACAAAAUACAGUAUUUUUCGCCCAUAACCAAAAUGACCCCCUUAAAAAAAAAAAAAGAGUUGGUCUUUGUUUAGCAUUAGAAAGUCUUGUUACAGGAAAAUGCUAACUCUGCUUUCAAUAUAACUCCUCCCCUCCCCCCACCCCCAUCAGUUCACAACUCUUUUCUACUCUGUGCCUUGAGCUUUGUGCACUUUGCAGCUCUGUGACCAUGUUGUCAAACUCACAAAUACUUCCCAAAAAAGCUGAUGGUAUUACAGUCUGACCCGCCAAGAUGUCGGGUAUGACUUCAUAGCAGGACGCUGAAAUCAGUGGGGAAAGAGAAACAUGUUGCACACGGGUCAGAUUUCCCCCUGCCUCGCAGUGGUGUUUUCUUGUUAAAUGUUGGGGACCAACUCUUGUAGAACAUUUCCAUUCCUCUGUCAUUUAACAGGCUCUCCCCAGCUGCUGUAGUGUUGGCAUUAUGCUAGUUUAGGGUUGGGCAGUACUUUAGCACUACACUACAGCUCCCUUUUUAAUACUGUUGAGAAUUACCCAGUGGUCAAAGCUGGUUCCUGUGAUGCUCUAAGAAGCAGAUACGGUUAUUAAAUCCAAACAUAAUCAAUAGUUUGGUUUUCCUGAUCAGUCUCAUUUUAAAUGGGUGAGAUAAGUACUUUAAAAAGUCUGCAGUCUGUAUCUUUUAAAAGAUUGUAUUCAAGGGUCAUAGAGAAGAAGUAGCGCUGCUGUUUGAAGGCUCCCUUCUGGCCCUGGCCAAGCUAGGUUUUCUGUUUCCAUACACUCACAGUGCUGUUUAGUUCCUUAUAAAAGACUCUGAAGCUUACCCGAUUGAUUUUGAAAGGCAAAGGAAAAUAGAUGCAACAAGGGGAAAAUGUUUUUCUUAUCAGUUUUGCUUAAAUCUAAAUCGAGCACAUGCUUGACUCUCUUUGGCUUUGUUGGCUAUGUCAGACCAAUUUAUCUCUUCAGAGGACUAGAGGCAAAAAAAGAAGACGUACCAGGGAUACUGACUAUCACACUUGUGAUUUGCAGGUUGUUCAUAGAAUUGCCUCUGCCAGUUCGCUUGGUCCUUUUGCGGAGAGCAGGCUUGGGGUGAGUUUGAAGUGUAGUGUUAGGAGCAAGUCAAGUCAUCGAAUAGAAAUCCUCUAUUUGUAAAAUUAGUAUUCAGAGAACCAAAAGUUAAAGGUUGUCAGAUUUAUUUUUUUAAGUACUUAUCAACCAGAGUUGGUAGAUUUUGAGGAGGACUUUAACAUGUGCUCCUUUAAUGCCGUGAGCAUUUUGGAUUGUAUUGAUAAGCACUGAAUUACUGUUAAGACUAUUAACAGGCUCUCAUUGUGCCCUGUACGGUUUGAUUUGCCACAUCAUAACAUUCUAAUGUCAAGGAAGAAUUCUCUUUUAUCAUGAAGUUCAAAUUUUACUUUACUCAGAGGAAUGCUUGCUGCAGGCUUAUAAAUAUAACACCUGCAACCAAAUUCUCUCAAGUAGUUUUAAUAAUAAUAUUUCUGAAAAGGAAUGAAGUUGGAAUGUUUCAUUAAAUGUGGAUGAAUUCUUCAUUAUCCUAGUAAUGUACCCAAAUGCUUUUUCUGGGAAGGAAGUAUUCUUUGGCCAACAACAGAACCUCCUCUAUAAAAGCAUCACGUUAGGAUGUGAAUUGGCAUUAAAAUCUUUGGAUGCUUUUUGCAUUGUUUAGUUCAUGGGGGAAUAUUUUGUAUUGUCUUCUUUUUAUUAUUGUGUGUGUGUUAACAAAGUGGGCAGAGUAGAGUUUGCAGAAUUUAGUCUCUGUAAAUUUUUGCACAGUGGCUGCAGCUCGCUAUGGGUGAGGGCUUAGCGGUGCAAAGCUGUGAUUGGAAGGCACUGGAGGAACGCCUUCUCCCAGUGCAUUCAACCUGGUUCUUACUCAUCUUAGCCUUUUGAGGUGUACUGCAGUAUGAAGAAUUUAUUUCUUUAACUCAGUAUUGACCUUGCUCAUUUGGGAUUCUUAACAAAAUUCUUAGUCUGCAGCGAAGAAGUAAGAAAUGCCUCCAUUUUGUAUUGACUAACACUGUCUGCCUGAAAGUAUUUCCUUCACGUGUUCACUUGUAUUUUUGCCAGUACAGUAUGUAGUUUACACACCAUAGUUAAACACUGGCUUUUUAUGGGGCCCAAAUCAUCAAAGGCAGAAAAUUGUAAAGCAGGUUGAUCGUCUCAUGAGUCAACACAUGUAGUUGAUUUGCCAAACGGCCUAGUGUAUACAUGCAGCCUGAAUCUGGACCCUCCGGAGAAAGCCAUUUCACUCACUUUGGAAUGGUGACACUUACCAUCAGUAGAUGAUCGUUGUUUGGAGAGGGUGCUUAUUUUACAGUUGGCAUUAAGCUUCAGUAUGUGUCGCCUCAUACCCUUCUCUAGCCACAGCUGCACCCUAACCUGACUGCUGUGUUCUGUGGGGCAGAGAGCAAAGCCUGGUCUUGUGACUCUUCAUCUGCUAGUUCUUAGAUGGGAGUUAGUGAAAAGAGUCUAAUACCUGGGCGCAUGAGUUGUGCAUUAUUAAAUUUUGUGGAAAAGUGACUUUUUUCCCUGUCCCUUUUACGAGUUGGAGGCAGUUCCCCUCCCUUCCUUCGGGGUGCGGGAUGAAAGUCAGUGUGUGAGUAGGUGAGCUUGCGGAAGAGUGGGCUGUGGCGCUAACGCUGCACGCGCGUGUCUCCCCGGUGCCACAGCCCCGUGGCGCUGCCACUCCUCUUGCUGCAUGCCAUGCUUUCUGUCAGGUUGCAAAUUUGCACACACAAAGAAUUCCUCAGGAAGAGUUUGCACAUGCAUCACCUCGCUAUAAUAUUCUGUACCGGCCAAACAAGGGAUUUGAAAGUUUUUCAGCACAAAAGGAGAACUUCAGAGUGAUGGUCUGUGCACACGUACAAACAAAGGUAAUGGUGAUCUCGCAAACACAAUUGGUUUCCGGAGCUAAGUGAGCAGGAGCACUUGUGUCGUAGUAUUUAAAGAAGCUGUUUACUCUUCUAGGGUCACCCUUCUGAUCUCGUCUUCUCAUUGAGACUGGCUCUGUUUUCUUCUCUGUGUUUUUUCUUUUUUAUUGCAGUUUAUUAUUUCCAUGAUUAUUACAUGAGGCAUUACCCUUGAGCUAAAAUUCAGUUGUCCAAUGAGCAGCUGGUAUUAGAUAACAUUGUUCUAUGAAUAUACACUAACAAAACAGAACCCCUGCAUUAGUUUUCCAGUCAUUGUUUGGAUUUUUUUUUUUUUUAAUGGUAUCUCAUUGAGCUUCAGAGUAUUACGUUGACUUUAAUCCACUUCAGACCACUUAAUGGGAGUUUAAAAUUUAAGAUCAGAAUAUGAAUCCCUUGACAUACACCUAGAAGAGAUAUAUAAGGACCUUGUUAGUUGUGAUUACUCUUUUCAAUAAGAUUGCAUAAGAUGAAAUUUAUGUUUAUCAGACGUUAAAACAGAGGUCAUAGGUAUGCAUGGAGAAAUGGCUUUCCCGUUAUUUUCCUUACCGAGUUGAAAUUUGCCCCAGUUUCUGGCCACCAGGAUCUAUGAAAGGACCUUUGUUCUUUUCAAGGGAAAUGAUUCCUCUUCUAUUCCCACUGUCCAUUAUUUAAGUCAUUGACACUUUCCCAUGUCCACUGGCCAAGACCUCAUUUCAAAGCUCUUUCCAGAGCCAAGUGGCACACAUACCUAUACUAUUUCUGCUUAUGUUGGUGGAGUGGCUGUGGGAGAAUUAAAAUGCUAAUCAGAAGUAGGUACAUUCUUAUAGGACCGUAAGGUAUAUUGUACCCCUGCUGAUUGGAAAUUAUCUUCAUUUCUAGUUGGAUUGCAUUGUUUAGAAAUGCAGUGUGGUAUUGGCUUAUAAUUCUGGGAAAUUGAUAGUGUGGCUCUGAGGUGAAUUCUGUGGUUUGAAAAAAUAAAUAUUUUGUAUUGGUUCUCAAAUGUCCUUUCAAUGUUGUGGCUAUGUACUAAAUGCAAUAAGACUGUGGCUGUUGUCUUCAAAGGGUAUGUCUUGUUCAACAGUUGGCAAUUUCAUUGCUCUCAUUGGCCCUGUUUUGUCAAUAUUACAGCCAUGCAAUUCAGGAGUUGUUGUUCAGAUGUGAUGUUUUGGGGAGCUAUGACUGGAGACAGAAAUGCUUGAGAGUAAAUGGGAGGCCAAAUGCAGACAAAAGGCUUCUGCCACCCACCAGCAUAGCCAGAGCAAGGAUGAAGCAAUGAAGUCUAGUUCCUGGUGGUCCUUGUUUGUCAGAAAGCAUGGUGGAGCUUAGAACAGGGUGUUCUGUACAUCAGCUCUUUUAUGAAUCCAAGAUGAACAAAAUGGUGGAUGAAACUCUUAUUGACUGGGGAUUCAGAGCCACUGACUUUGGCUCUGACCUUUAACUCUUGAUGGAUUUUGAAUCACUCCUUCUGUAUUAGGGUGUAUACCGUCACUCUAAAACAUUGUGGUUAAUGAAAUAAAUUUUGUACAGAUGUCCUUGGCCUUGUUAUGUUGAAACCUGGUUUACUGGAACUUUGUUUUAAUACAGAAUAUAUGGUUUUGCUUAUAGUACAUUCAUGAUGCUUCCUAAAUGAUAAUGACACUCCGUAUUCUACCACUUCCAUUAGCCUGCAGCAUGAGUGGCCAUCCUGACCUCUACACCAGUGUGAGUGUGUGUAUGUGAUGAUGGUGAUCAUUGAUGACCAAAUUGGAUUUAUCUCAGGAAUGCAAAUUGGUUAAUGUUAGGAAAUCAAUUAAUGUGACUGACCCAUCUACCAACAGAUUAACGUGUGAUCAGAUUGUCUGUGAAAAUCCAAAAUAUCUACAAGGCAGAUUAGUAGCCUUGUGAGUUUAUCAGGGUUGCUAGAACACAAUUCAUAUGCAAAUGUCGAUUACAUUUUCAUGCAGCAACCACAAGGAGUAAUGUCUGUAAAUUUUUAAAAUAUUGUUAAGAAAUAGAAUUUAUACUAGGAACAGGAAAAUCAUAAAGUACCUAAAAAUUGUAAUAAAAGAUACAUAAGCCUUUUAA